AUGAGUUUCCCAGAUCAGCCCGUGGCGCAUCUCCUAGGCUCCAAUGGCGCCGUUCAUGCCGUAGCUUAUUCAGCCUCUCCUGGGAAUUAUAUCCUCACUGGGUCGGCGGAUCGUUCGAUCCGUCUCUACAACCCUUUCCCCAGACGGCUUAUUCAGACGUAUGCCGCGCAUGGGUAUGAGGUGUUGAGCCUUGCAGUCGCGUCUGACAAUGAGAGCUUCGUGUCUGGAGGCGGUGAUAGGGCGGUAUUCUUGUGGGACGUGAGCAGGGCGGUGACGAUUCGGAGGUUUGGGGGCAACGCGCAAGGCCACUCGGCGCGGAUCAACUGCGUGAGCUUCGCGGGUGCUGGAGACUCGCUGGUGGUCAGCGGCGGGUUCGACACGACGGUGCGGCUGUGGGAUGUGCGCAGCACGAGCUUCAAGCCGAUACAGGUGCUGAGCGAGGCCAAGGAUUCGGUGACGAGCUUGGUGGUGAGGGGGCCGGAGGUUAUCGCGGGGAGUGUGGAUGGGAGGGUGAGGAGCUAUGAUGUGCGCAUGGGAGCGUGUACUACGGAUGUCGUUGGCGCAAGCGUGGUGAGCUUGGACGUUACGAAGGAUGGCAAGGCGAUGCUGGUGGGCUCGUUGGACAGCAAGCUAAGGCUGAUGGAUCGCGAGAACGGCACGUGUCUCCGGGCGUACUCGGAUCCGCUGUGGAAGAACGAGGAUCUGCGAGUGCAGUCGCUGUUGGGCGGCAGGGAGAAAUACGUGGUCGCUGGAGACGAAAUGGCUGGCGAGACAGAUGCCAACGGCUCGGGCAGGCUUUGGGCGUGGGAUCUGCUAUCGGGCAAGGUGGUGGCCAAGGUGACGGUGCCUUGGGGGCCUCAAGGCCACGAGGCGAAGAAGUUGAUUGGCAAAGACGGCAAGCCUAAAGUACGAAACAAUGUCAUCAGCUGCAUGACAUGGCGGGACGGAGGCUGGGGAGACCAGUUCUGUGUAGGAGGAACGUCUGGAGUGGUGACGGUCUUUGGGGCAUUAUAG